AUGGAGGACUUAUUUUAUGGAAUCAUCUCGAAGAAUGCUUCUGAUAAUGGUAGCGCGAGCAACUAUGACUUUCACAACAACCAGACGGAAAUUGUUGGGUUCGGCGGGAUGUUCGAUUCGGAUAGUUCACCGUCCAAGAAGUAUGGGAUGCUAUUGAUAUUACCUGUGUUUAUUGCCUUAAUCUUGUUCUCCUGUUUCGUUGCCAUAUCCGUCUUCUAUUGCUCUUACCGUCAGGAACGAAGGCGGGACGCUAGGAAGCUCAAGAAGCAGUCAAGAUCAAGAACCGAGACAUCAAGUGGGGAUUUUACUUUGAGUUUGAGCAAUGAUGACCUCAGUUCGGGAAACGAUGACUGCGGUCCUUCAGAUGAUGAUCUAGAGGCAUAA